UGAAGUGUUUGCUGGCUAACCGAGAAGCCAACAUUUUGACAAAUGGAGGAUCGUACGUGUUAUUUAGCAGAAGAAAAAGCGACGGAGCGAAAAGAGGAAGAAGUGAAACUAAAUGUGGACAGACGACGGCAGAAAACAAUGAUCAACAUCGGUGCGGCCUUCCCCAAAUGGAAAUCUCUGAUGAGGGACAAAUGUUUUCAGAGUGACGCCGAAGUUGCCUGUUUUCUGCUGCACAGCUAUGAGAGAGGUUCUGCAGCAUUGACUCCCAUGAAGGAAACAUCUGUUCAACUCACAGCUGCAGCAGUGUCUAGCAUCUGUGCUUCUGGAAGGAUGAACAGCUUACAGGACAUGAGCAUGGAUGAGAAGCACAAUGUUUUCAAUAACCCCUUGAACAGUGUAAUUGAUUGGACAGAUGAAGGCUCCCCUUCCUUUCAUGAAAAAGAUGAUGGAGAUAAAGGUGACAGCUCUGAUGAAGAGGAUCUUCCACCCAUUUGUAUACGAAUGGGUGGAGCAUUAAAGAAAGCACCAUCGAUUGAUCGACUUCCAGUUAUUGGAACGGGCGAGGCAGCGCAUGACCAGCCUGCACGUGAAGACCCUCCUGAUGAGGCUUCUCCCUGUGAUCAGGACCCUGUUUUCCCAUCCCCACAGCAGGUCCUUUGUGAAGAUGACAUCGUUGGUGCCAGAGCUUCAAUAGUAUACGAGGACUGCUUGAGACAGCUGGCUACAUUUCUGAUCCUGCCUGUGAAAAAAUGUACAGGCCUUUUAAAGACUGGUGUGGUGUGUGACUGUGUUGCCCCCUUUGAGAUCAACAUCACUUCCAAGGGCACAGCAACGAGUGUCGAAUGGAUCUGUCCCAAUGGACACAGCUUGUGGAGGUGGAAUUCCCAGCCUGUAAUGAAGUGUGGGACGCAAGCUGGAGAUUUUCUCUUGUCCACCAACAUUUUGUUGUCUGGCAACGACUAUGCGAAGGUCGCCCUCUUGUUCAAGUUCAUGAACAUGGGGAUGGUGAAGAAGAACACCUUCGUGUCCAUUCAGGACGCUUACUGUGUGGACACAGUGAAGAGCUUCUGGGAAGAGAGGAGGACUGAGGCCCUCAGUGGCCUUCAGGGGAAAGAUGUUGUGGUCCUAGCAGAUGGCAGAAAUGACUCUCCAGGCCAUCGUGCACAUUACUGCAGCUACGCCGCCAUGGAGAAUGACACCAAGGAGAUCAUUCAUGUUGCCACCAUCAACAAGCAGCAGACAUCCUGCAACUCUGUCGUCAUGGAGAAGGAGGGUUUUAUCGAGACUGUGGACAAGCUUACAUCAGAGAUAAAGCAAGAGGAGAACUGCACAGAUGCUAAUGCCCAGAUCACAGCCCUUAUGAACCCAGACGAAGGCAGAUACAAGGAUCUUGGAAUUCAUCACUGUCUGGACAUGUGGCAUGGUGCCAAGAACCUGGUCAAAAGAAUAGCUGCUGCACUAUGGAUUGGCAUCAUUCACCAUGUCUGUGACAUUCACACCUGGACUACGGGAAGGUGUCAACAUGGGCACCUGGAAGCAACAUGUGGAAAGGUGUGGAUCCAGAAAGAUUCUGGGUGCCACAAAUCUUUAGUGGACAUCGUUCUCAAUAAGCGCUGGCUGAAGGAUGUGCAUAAAUACCUGUGCUUCAGAUCAACCUCAGACCUAGAGGCUUUCCACAAACAUAUACUGAUGUAUGCCAGAAAGCACUUCACUUUCACUUCCCCAGUUUAUGAGGCAAGAGUUCUGCUUGCUGCUCUGGACUAUAACUUCAACCGGAACCGAACAACAGUGAAAACAGCAGAAGGCAAAGAGAUUUUCAGAAGGCUGUACAAGAAAAACAGCAGAAGACACGGGUUAUACUCCCUGAAAUCAAUCCAGACUGUAAAGAGGAGAAUCACAAGUGGAGUGGGGAUGCCUAGAAGGAAGACAGUGCCUGCAGAUGUCCAGCAGCUGUUGGUGAUUAAAGAAGAGACUCCCACUGAGUGGAGCCCCAGUCUGGACCAGGAGGACCCAGAGCUCCUACACAUAAAAGAAGAACAGGAGGAACUCUGGAUCAGUCAGGAGGGAGAGCAGCUUAAUGGACUGGAGGAGGCUGAUAUCACCAGGUUCCCAUUCACUGCUGUUACUGUGAAGAGUGAAGAUGAGGAAGAGAAACCUCAGUCUCCACAGCUUCAUCAAAGCCAAACUGAGGACAACAGAGAGACAGAGCCUUCAGCCAGCAGCUCAGCUACGCAGAUAAAAACAGAAACUGAUGGAGGAUCAGAACCUGCUGGGAACCUUGAUCCAGAUAGUCAUUUACAACCAGAUACUGAUGAAAAAGCUUCAGACACUGAAGUCAGUGAAAAUGACUGGCAAGAACCUUUGUCAGAUUCUGAAGCUGAAACUGAAGACAGUGACAAUGGUUGGAAGGAGACCAGAGCACCUGAGUCAGGUGUAAAUGCUCUGAAAUAUAAGGAAGCUCCUGUAAGUGAUGCAGGAUGUAAUGCUGGGAAAGAAUCUUUUAGCUGCUUUGAAUGUGGUAAACAAUAUCACCACAAGAGGUCUCUUCAGAGACACAUGGUCUGUCAUUCAGGAAAAAGAUCCUACAGCCAUAUGGAUAAUAAGAAAAAUGUAGAUUCACAGAUGAGAGUCCACACAGGAGAGAAACCAUUUGGCUGUGAUGUUUGUGGGAAGAGAUUUAGAGUCCAGGGAAAUUUUAAGGCACACUUGAGAGUCCACACAGGAGAGAAACCAUUUGGCUGUGAUGUCUGUGGGAUGAGAUUUAACCAGCAGCCACAUCUUAAUAAACACAUGAGAGUGCACACAGGAGAGAAACCAUUUGGCUGUGAUGUUUGUGGGAAGAGAUUUAGAGUCCAGGGAAAUUUUAAGGCACACAUGAGAGUCCACACAGGAGAGAAACCAUUUGGCUGUGACGUUUGUGGGAUGAGAUUUGCAGAACAGGGAAAUCUUAAGAAACACAUGAGAGUCCACACAGGAGAGAAACCAUUUGGCUGUGACGUUUGUGGGAUGAGAUUUACAGAACAGGGAAAUCUUAAGAAACACAUGAGAGUCCACACAGGAGAGAAACCAUUUGGCUGUGGUAUUUGUGGUAAAACAUUUAACCAGCAGCCACAUCUUAAUAAACACAAGAGAGUGCACACAGGAGAGAAACCAUUUGGCUGUGAUGUUUGUGGGAAGGAAUUUAUAGAACAGGGACAUCUUAAGACACACAUGAGAGUGCACACAGGAGAGAAACCAUUUGGCUGUGAUAUUUGUGGGAAGAAAUUUAACCAGCAGAUACAUCUUAAGACACACACGAGAGUCCACACAGGUGAGAAACCAUUUAGCUGUGAUGUUUGUGGCACACGAUUUACAGAACAGGGAAGUCUGAAGAGACACAAGAGAGUCCACACAGGAGAGAAACCAUUUGGUUGUGGCGUUUGUGGUAAAACAUUUAAAAGGCAGGCAAAUCUUAAGACUCAUAUGAGAGUCCACACAGAAUAAAAGUUUGCAUCGUC